UCUGACCAAAAAAAAAAAACUUUUUCAUUUUCCGAUGGAAAGAUAAGAGAAUGAAAGAGUCUCUUCAUUUCUUCCAUGCAUGCAGGUUGGAGAAGAAGUGGCGUCGCUGGGGAAGAUCGCGUGCCCGAUCGUCAUGACCUCACUCCUUAUCUUCUCUCGCUCGGUGAUCUCGAUGUGGUUCCUGAGUCACCUCGGGAAGCUCGAACUCGCCGGCGGAGCACUGGCCAUGGGCUUCGGCAAUAUCACCGGCGUCGCCGUCCUGAAGGGCCUCUCCGUCGGCAUGGAUCCAAUCUGUGGCCAAGCUUUCGGCGCCAAGCGAUGGUCCGUUCUCAGCCAGACCUUUCAGAAGAUGCUCUGCCUCUUGCUCUUCGUCUCUCUCCCCAUCGCCGUCUCAUGGCUCAACAUCGAACCCAUUUUUCUUCUCUUGGGUCAAGACCCUGACAUCACUCGCGUCGCCAAAGUCUACAUGGUCUUCUUCGUCCCUGAGCUUCUGGCUCAGGCCAUGCUUCACCCUCUCCGCACGUUCCUCAGAACGCAAGGGCUGACGUCUCCUCUCACCAUCUCCGCCAUUGUUUCCAUCUUGCUUCAUCCUUUGUUCAACUACGUCUUCGUCGUGUACCUGCGUUUGGGCGUUCAGGGCGUCGCGGUCGCUAUGGCUUUUAACACUAUAAACCUUAACGUGGGUCUCCUCGUUUACAUGUGUGUCUCGGACUCCCACGCGUUGCGGUCCCUCUCCCGCGGCUGGUGGCCGCUGCUUUCACUGGCAGCGCCGAGCGCCAUCUCCGUGUGCUUGGAGUAUUGGUGGUACGAGAUCAUGCUUUUCUUGUGUGGACUCCUCGGGAACCCAGAAGCGAGCGUCUCAGCCAUGGGGAUACUCAUACAGACCACGGGCUUGCUCUACGUCGUCCCCUUCGCCAUCAGCAGCGCCAUCGCCACCCGCAUCGGGCAUGCUUUGGGAGCGAGAGAGCCCACGCGUGCCCAAUGCACCACCCUGAUAGGGUUAAUCCUGGCGGUGGCUUACGGAAUAUCGGCGGCGGUUUUCAUGACGGUGCUGCGGUCAGUGUGGGGGAAGAUGUUUACUGACGAGCCGCAGAUUCUAGAGCUAAUAUCGUCGGCGCUGCCAAUUCUAGGGCUAUGCGAGGUGGGGAACUCGCCUCAGACAGCGGCGUGUGGGGUGCUGACGGGAACGGCGCGUCCAAAGGAAGGAGCGAGGGUUAACCUAUGCGCGUUCUACGUGGUGGGUCUUCCCAUUGCGGUGGUGACGACUUUCGUGUUGAACGUCGGGUUUAGAGGGCUUUGGUACGGGCUGUUUGGGGCGCAGGUGACAUGUUUGGCGAUGCUGCUUUGUACGGUUGUUCGUACGGACUGGAAACAUCAGGUGAAGAGGGCGGAGGAGCUGACGUCAGUCGCCGGCGAAAGAGACGCCUCUUCUUCUUCUUCUUCUUCUUCUUCGUCGGCGGAGGGUCAAGAGGAUGAUGAUGAUGAUUUAGAGAUCGGUUUACUAGAUAACACUCGAUGACCUACUCACUAACUUCCCUUUCUGAUUUUUUUUUUUUUUUGAGGUUAUAGGAGUCUUUAACUGAAUUUUUCAUGACAUAGGAUUUCUUGGCAGAUAAUUAAAUUGCCGUUUUGGAAAGCCACGCCA